AUGCAUAAUAUCCUAGUAUGUCAGGAUAUGCUCAAGCACUACAAAAGGAAAAAUCAACCAGCAAGAUGCACUUUAAAGGUGGAUUUGAAUAAAGCAUAUGACUCCCUCAGUUGGGACUUCAUUCAGAGCUUGCUUGAGGGAUUAAAGUUCCCUAUACAGUAUGUAAAAUGGAUCAUGGAGUGUAUAUCUAGUCCAUCCUUCUCAUUAACCAUAAAUGGCUAUACUUGUGGAUUCUUUGCAGGAAAAAGAGGGUUAAGGCACUUAUCCCCUUUGUUAUUUGUAUUGGUCAUGGAAUAUUUUACUAGAAUCAUGAAGAAGAUGUGUAAGAAAGAGAUGUUUAAUUUUCAUUAUCAUUGUAAACAACUUGGAUUAACUCAUUUAAUCUUUGCCGAUGACCUCAUGCUGUUUAGUAAAGGUGAAGUCAAAUUAGUUGUCAUGCUUGUGAGAUCUCUUAAAGCUUUUGCUAGAGCCUCUGGAUUAAAUGCAAGCUCGGAAAAAUCUGCAAUAUACUAUGGCAAUGUGAAGGAAGAAGUUCAGACAAGGAUAUUUCAAAUGACAAAAAUCAGCAAGGGUGAAUUCCCAUUCAGACCUAAGAAAUAUGGAGGCUUGGGUGUUCAAGAUUGUCAAGUGUGGAAUGAAGCUGCAAUAGGGAAAUAUGUGUGGCAGGUGGUCAGAGAGGAUGUGCUAUGGAUAAAAUGGGUGCAUUGUAUUUAUAUUAAAGAUGGGAACCUGUGGGAGUAUAAAGCUCCAGGGAAUGCUAGCUGGGUUUGGAAAACCAUAUGUAAAAUGAAGGAAAAAUUCAAGGCAGCAUAUACUAGGGAUCAGUGGAAGGAUGGCACUAAGAAAUACACUAUAAAGGAGGGUUACCACUGGCUGAAGGGUCAACAGGUGGAAGUGGAAUGGCAUAGAUGGGCAAGAAACAGAAACAUGCUCUCAUCUGUUUUUCAAAUGUCCUGUAAGCAGCAUUAUAUGUCAAGGAGUUAUGAGGUGGAUAGGAGUGAAGAAAUAUCCUCAGGAACACUUCUACACGAGUUGGAAGAGAUGGGGCAGAAAGUUUAG